ACCUAAAAAGCUGGUAUGCGUCCCGCCAAUAAAUCCACAGAAGAAGAAGAACGCGAUGGCGUCAUGAGCCGUGGCCCCGCCCCCACGCAGGCACGUAUCCGCCGCUCUGUCUCCGCUGACGGUCGUGUCUCUCUGUGUGCGGCUAUAAAAGCUCGGGUUUUCGGGAUCAUGUCUGUGUCACCGGACAAACGGCGAAAGAUGGAGUCUGCGCUGGAGCAGAUCAAGAAAUACACGGUGGUCGUUGCAGACACGGGCGACUUUAACGCUAUUGAAGAGUACAAACCUCAGGAUGCCACCACCAAUCCUUCCCUGAUUCUGGCUGCAGCUAAAAUGUCUACCUACCAGCCUCUCGUGGAGCAGGCCAUCAAAUACGGCAUUGCUAACGGCGGGAGUGAGAAGGAGCAGGUGACCAAUGCCAUGGACAAGCUGUUUGUGAACUUUGGUUUGGAAAUCUUAAAGAAGGUUCCUGGCCGGGUCUCCACUGAAGUCGAUGCGAGACUGUCUUUUGAUAAAGAAGCGAUGGUGUCUCGUGCCCGGAGGCUCAUCUCUCUCUAUGAAGAGGCGGGAGUCAGUAAGGAGCGCAUCCUCAUCAAACUCUCCUCCACAUGGGAGGGUAUUCAGGCCGGACGGGAGUUGGAGGAGAAAGACGGGAUCCAUUGCAACAUGACUCUGCUGUUCUCGUUCGCUCAGGCCGUCGCGUGUGCUGAGGCUCGCGUCACCCUCAUCUCGCCCUUUGUAGGGCGUAUCCUGGACUGGUACAAAGAAAACACCGACCGCAAAAACUACGAGCCCCAUGAAGAUCCAGGGGUGCAGAGUGUCACCAAGAUCUACAACUACUAUAAGAAGUUCAGCUACACGACGGUGGUGAUGGGCGCCUCCUUCAGGAACACGGGGGAAGUGAAGGCUCUGGCGGGCUGUGAUCUGCUCACCAUCUCUCCGGGGCUGCUGGGAGAGCUCAGCCAGGACCACAGCGCAGUGACGUGUUCCCUCACGCCGCAGGGAGCAAAGGAGUGUGAUCUGGAGAAGGUGCACCUGGAUGAGAAGAGCUUCCGCUGGCUGCACAAUGAGGACCGCAUGGCUGUGGAGAAACUCUCCGACGGGAUCCGCAAAUUUGCUGCAGACGCCAUCAAACUCGAGGCCAUGAUCAAGGAGAGGAUGUUUAAUGUGAAGAACGGCCAGUAGUGAAGCAGAGAGACACAUUCGAGGACCAAACCCUUCACUCCCGCUCUGAUUGGCCGCUUUAGCUGCACUCUCUGGGCAGAAGAUGUGACUGACUUCAGUCUUAAGAAAGAAUACAGCGUGCUGUGUGUUUAUAAGCCAUUCACAUUUUAACAGGAAAAUGAUCCUUUGACCCUUAAUGGAGUCCUCAGUUUAAACUAUAAACCCUGACUAACUCUUGGCAGACCAACAUACUUUGUGCUUUUACUGUAGGACCAAUGGCUUUGAAGUUUACUGUAGCUUUAAUAGUUUGUAAUCCACUAGCUCUAUCCAUUUCUACUAAAUUGGCAUGGGAAGUGCAUGAGUGUUAUCUAUCCAGCCACCCAGAUGUUCUGAUGAUGAGAAGUGAUCUUUUAUCUGUCAUUAAAAUCAUCUUUUGUCAGCA